UCAUUGGUCCUCUAUAAUGACCACUUUUUUUUAUUUCAGUCAAACUUUGCAACCCUGGACGAGAAAACUGGAGUAGUUGUUAGCAGGAGGGCUGAUAGGCACUUUGAAGAGGAAGGGCCCAUUCUCUGUGCAGCAUUGGAUGGAAUGAAGCUGCCAUCUUUUCCUGAGUAUGAAGUUAGAGUCAGAUACGCAACAGAGCAUAGAUGUGGAGUGGUUGUGAAAGGACCAAAAUUAAGUGGAAAUAUAUCAGGAACAGAUCCACUGAAGGAUAAUCGCUUACUUCUUCAAGCUGAAGCCCUUGAUGAUUCUGAUGAAGCAAAGCAAACGGCUGCAGUUGUAAAUGAAUUGUCAAAAGAGAUUUCUCGCAUUUUAGUUUCUCAUCCAUUAAAUGCAAAAAGGGCAGCAGAAGGAAAGAACAUUGCGAAUGUUGUCCUUCUACGAGGCUGUGGUAUUCGAAUUGAGGUUCCUCAAUUUGAAAAGAUACAUGGGCUGCGACCAUGCAUGGUGGCUCCCACCAAAAUUAUAGCUGGCUUGGGUUUGUCUCUGGGUAUUGAUAUUCUAGAAGCUCCAGGAGCCACGGGAGACUACAGAACUCUAUUAACUUCAAAAGCAACUGCCAUAGCCAAGGCACUUUCAGCUCCUCUGCAAUCUUGCCCCAGUGUUUUUGUACCUGGGGAGGAUGAACACAAACCUGGUCGUGCAGAUGGCUAUGAUUUUGGGUUCCUUCACAUCAAGGUGUUGAUCUCUGUGUGU